AUGAAUUUAGAAAAUGUAGUGGAAUAUUUUGAAUCUAGUGAUGAAGAACUUGAACUCGUACAUCAAGUGCUAUCAUAUGCGCAGGCACUUGCAAUGGAUGAAGCUGAAUCAACGCCGCGAUUUGGAGGAUCUCUUCCUGGGAAGCGCCCAAACAUCGAUCGAAAGGCAGAGGAAGGAGCUCAACGUUUGUACGACGAUUAUUUCUCGGAAUCGCCUGUUUACACAGACGAGCAGUUCGAAAGGCGUUUUCAUUUGUACAACGGAACUCUACCGGAAAUCACGUAUGUAAUCAACAAUCAUACAUACAAUACCGGGUACUACCUCGCCGAUGGUAUUUGCCCACCGCUGGCUACUUUAGUGCAAACGAUUUCGUCAACCGUUGGCCAAAAACGUAAACACUUCGCUACAAUGCAAGAGUCCGCAAGAAAAGACGUGGAGCGUGCGUUCGGUGCUAUGACUGAGAAAUUUGCCAUCAUCAAACAACCCGCCAGGUUGUGGAACAAUGAAGACCUCAACAUGGUCAUGCGCUGCUGCAUAAUACUUCAUAAUAUGAUAAUAGAAGACCAACGUAAUGAGCCUACACAUUUUCCGCACAGUUCGUUUCAUGGCACCAUCUUUGAAUCUCCCAAGAAUAAUUCAGAAUUCGGAGAAUUUCUGUCAAGAUAUGAAAAAGUGCACGAUACUACGCUUCAUUACAAAAUUCAGAACGAUUUAAUUGAGCAUUUGUGGCAAAUCAAGGGAGAAACGGAAGAGGAAUGA